ACUUGCCUGGAUAUUCCUCAUCUUCCCACAUAUUCUCUCUGGAUAUUCCUUCCUUUCGCCUCUCGCCGAAUAUUCCUCUCCAAAUGCUUCACGCAUUUUCGCCCUUAUUACACAACCCUUUUCUCUCCAUUCCCAUUCUCUUCCUCCCCAUUCUUCAUCCACACACAUAUUCCAUAGAGAGAGAAAAUGAAGUACUGGAAGAGUUUGAGUGCUAUGAUUGCCCACAUAGCGAAGGUGCUCCCAGAAUGGGAAGAGAUGUUCUUGUCGUACAAGGAUCUCAAGAAGCAGCUCAAAUUGAUCUUCCCCAAGGAGGGCGAGAGUAGCUGCCGGCCCACCAAGCGGCCCAGAUUGGAGGACGGCGGCGAUCAGCCGGAGGUGGCUAAGGAGGUUACGGAUUUCGUGACCCUUUUGCGGAGGGAGAUUCACAAGCUCAAUUCCUUCUUUAUGGAUCAGGAAGAAGAUUAUGUCAUCAAGUUGGAGCUACUGAAAAAGACAGUAGAAAAGGCUAAUGGUUCAUAUGUGAAGUUGAUGAAUAUUGGAAGCGAGAUAGUAGAUCUUCAUGGGCAGAUGGUGCUGUUGGAAAAUUACAGCGCUCUUAACUACUUAGGAAUAGUUAAGAUUUUGAAAAAAUACGACAAGCGUAGCGGGGAUCUCCUUCGCUUGCCUUUUAUCCAGACUGUGCUAGAAGAGCCAUUCUUCAACACCGACGUACUGAAACAACUAGUGAAGGAUUGCGAGAUUUUGCUGCGCAAUAACCUCAAGACCACCAUGACCGAAAGUGAAGAGAGGCAGCAGCCUCUCAGAGUUCCUCAAGAACUCAGUGAAAUCGAUAUCAUGGGAAAUACAUACAUGGCACUCGCGAAUUCAGCGUUGCAAGUGCUAGAGCAGAUCAGAAGCGUAAGCUCGACCAAAAGCAUGUAUUCUUUACCGCCUCUACAAGGGAAUAAUUUAGACGAGUUCUGGAAGAACCAUUCAGUGACCGGGACCUGCUUAGCAAAGUUCUGGUUUUAGUUUCUUACGGUUCUUGCACACGAUUAACUUGCAGAUAGUAUAUUGCCACGGGCUGAUAAUACAUAUAGAAUACUGUUAUAUUAUAUGAAUAGGCAGGCUUGUUUGUUUGUGGAGAUCACCCAACUGAAAUGUAUACCAUAAAGCUUUGCCUGUUGUAUUGACAAACUCCUGAUACGCUAACUGUGUUGAUUGUGAAACUUGUCUCCAUGCUGGAGUCUUGCAGUAGAGAAAUUUGGCUUUAUGUGAA